GUGACAACUUCAAACGUAGCGUCAUCAUGUAGUUAUGGCAAUUUCUAAUGAAGACUCUCAUUACAACUCUUCUGAAUUGAUAAAAGACUUAAGGACAUACAGACCAAAAUACCCUCUACCCAAAGAGCUGCUAGAUGUUCGUACUGAAGAGACAUUUUGUGCAUAUUGUGGCGUCAGUUAUCUUAUACUGAACGAGAUAAAGUUUCUUGAAGAUAAAUCCGAAAAUUUGCGAAAAGAAUUAGAAUUUGUCAGACACAAACAAGACUCCCAUUCGUUUAUUCCUGAGAGCAAUGUUGGCUUGUCGUCAAAUGGUGGAAAAGAAGUGUCUGAAGAUAUCGAACGUCUACUAAAUGAAAAAGCCGAAAUCAUCCAACAAUUAGAUGAUGCGAAUACAAAAUUAAUUUGUUAUCAAGCUACUGAGAAACAAUUCACCAAAGAACUUGCCAGAAGUCAAGCUGAAGUUUCAUAUACUCAAGAACAACUGAUCGAGCUGUUUGAUUAUUCAAAGAGAGUACGAAAUAAAUUAAAAGAGAAACUAUUCACUGACAGUCUACUUCGUCCAAUAUUUGAUAGAAUCAACAGUUUAAGGGAUCAUAUUUCUACACUGAAUCAAUUAUAUAAUACUUCGCUUACACAAUUAAAUAAUCAAUAUAAUCAGAUAACUAACAAACUUGAUUUAGUUACCUUGGAAAAAGAUUCAGUGAUUAAUAAGUUCAAUGAAUUAGAGUUAAAGUAUAAAGAAGAACGUAAUAGUUGGUCAGAAAAACAAGGGGAACAACUGGGCGAUAUAUUAGUAUUAAAAACAAAAUUAAGUGAAGAAACUAAACGUUUGGAUAUUUUACAUGAUGAGAAGAGACAAUUAAUAUUGAAUUUUGAGCAAAGAAUAAACAGUCUGAAAGAAGAAAAUCAAUCAUUUGUUCAUGAAAACAGAAGUUUAAAAAAAAAAAUUUCAAAUUUAACUGAACAACUAAAUAAUCAGUUACAAAAGUGUGAUCUUACUGAAAGAAAUCAUAAAGAAAGAGAACAGUGUUUACAGAAAGAGAUGACCAAUAUUUCUGAAGAAUUAACUAGUAUCAAAAAAAUGAAUGAUCAGUUGAAUUCAGCAUUGGAGACUAGUAAACAAGAAAUAUUUGAGUUAAAGACCAUCAAACAUUCACAAAAUGAAUUACAUCGACAAUUGGAAAUUAAACUUCAAGAAAUGGAAAAAGAACUCAAUGUUCAACAGUAUAAUAAAGAGUUGAUAUUAGAGAAAGAAUUCAAAUUAUCACUCGAGAAAAAAGAACUGGAAUUACAACAAAUUAAAAGUCAAACAAAUCGAAAAAUCGAACAACUGACGUCAGAAGUUAAACAAAAAGAAAGAGAAAACAUUGUUUUGCAAGAAGAACAUCGUCGUAUUAUGGAAACGAUGAAAGAGGAAAUUAAUCAAUUGACUAAUAGCGUGAACAAUUCGGAUGCCGUUAGAGGGGAACUCGAAAAUCAAAUCCAAAGAUAUCAACAAGAAGUUAAACAACUUUACGCUACAGUUGAAAAAGAAUGUUGGGAGAGAGAUGAAUUAAACUCUGUAUUGGCUGAAACAAGGGAUCAGUUAAUGAAACUAAAUAAUUCGUCAAAGAAAUCUGAAUCAGAUCAAAGACAAUCAAAUCUGCAUGAAAACCAAGAAGAUAGCCAUUUAUUCCCGCCAAUAUCUUCAUCGUCGGUAAAGUCUGAACAGUCUACCAAACGCACUCUUCCGAAAAGUUCAAAGACUCCUAAUCCUAAUAAUAGUAUGGCAAGACGUUCUUUCCAAAACUUUAAGUAAGAAUUUACAGACGAAGUUACUUAGUAGCAUAAUUUAUAUUGGAUAGACUGUUGGAUAAAUCACAAAAAAAAUUGAUUUAUGUAUCAAUAAACCAUGGAUUACUCACUUAUUUAUCUUUAAUACCAAAACCAUAUGCUCUACUUGGUUAAUACUGGUUAUAAUUCAAAUAAUGAACAAAUAUCAUGUCAAGAUUUAGGUAGAGACUCUGGUAGUAUACUGUACAGUUGGUACUUAUGGGUUUGAGUUCAAAUUCUCCCUGUAAGAUAAAAGGAACUUUAUCAUUAUUUAUUUAUUUAUUUGAACACAUAAAUAUUGGUACAGGGGGGCACCAAAUAUAUAUGCGCCACACAAAACAAUGAUAAUUUGAAGAGAAGGAGAAAAGAGAAAAAAAAGUAAUGAACGUGGGGAAUUAUAAAAAAAAGAGAGAGAGAACAAUGGUGGGGGAAACGGAAAGGUACAAUCAGAACAGAUCUUUCAGUUAAGGAAGAUACAACCACUUUUUAUGAAGAAAGUAAAAGAAGGUUACAGCAGGAUCGCCACUGGCUUCUAUUCUGAGCCAUAUCUGAUAACGUCUCUAGCCACUGCGUUACACCGUCUCUCGGACCCCAACCAGGGAGUCGUGAAGGACCAACAUAAGCUAGCCCUUUGCAGCUUUCUUUCAUACCACGACACCAUGUCAUAUACUGACCACCUCUCCGCUUUUUCCAACCAGUCCCAGAGUCGGCAAAUAAUGCACGACGAGGAAUUCUCUGGGACGACAUUCGUAGAACAUGUCCAAGCCACCGAAGUCGGUGUUUCAAGAUGGUGACACCAAUUUCAUUAUCGUCUCUGUGACCGAACACUCGAUGCCGAACCUCUGCAUUACUGACAUGGUGUUGCCACUGGAUGCAAGCAAUCCUUCGGAGACAACGAUCAUCGAACACAGAGAGUCGUCUAACAUCCUCAACUCGGAGAGGCCAGGUUUCACAAGCAUAGAGCAAAACUGCUCUCACCGUCGAGUUGUAGAUCCGACCUUUUACAGCCAGACUAACAUCACGAAGGCGCUAAAGAUGGCCCAGAUUGGCAUAAGCCGCCCUGGCUUUCACUAUACGUGCAUUGAUCUCAUCACUCACACCACCACCGGCACUUAUGCAGCUACCUAGAUACACAAACUUCUCGACUACUUCUAUCUGCUCACCAUCCAGAGUGAGUACAGGAUUAGAAUCCUGCCAGUCUUGUAGAAGUACUUUGCACUUCGAAGGUGCAAAGCACAUACCAUACCUACGGACAUUAAUUGCCAACUGAUUAAGUGCGGAUUGCAUGGCUUGGGCAUUCUCGCACAGUAAGACAAUAUCAUCCGCAUACUCAAAGUCGAGAAGUCUUUCUCCAGGCAACAGAUCCACACCACCAUUACUUACAUCCGUCAGAGCUGUUUCCAGAAUGUCAUCGAUGGCAAAGUUGAAGAGGAAUGAUGAGAUUGGGCAACCCUGCCUAACCCCACUGCUCGAAUGGAAUAAUGGAGAAAAGUGGUUGUAUGCCCUCACUCUGCCUGAGGUGUUUGUGUAUAGGGCUUUCAAGAUGUUAAUAAACUUCUCAGGC